UGAAAUACUCCAUACCAGCACGAAUUAAUGCUGAGCCUAUCUCAAUCGUUGGUGAUCAUGAUGCGUGCGUAUCUUCAAUCCCGCAAAGCCACCUCUUAAACGCCGCCACGAAUCCGAAGCGCGGGGCUGAGGGGUUGGCGAUGUGCUGACCGACACCAACACCGCAGUUUCAGUUUCAUUGCGGUUUCAGGAUGCUUCGAUUGGGUCCGAUCGAAUGAUUACACAGCUGCGCGGCAGUUCAGCCACUCUGAUUGUAACUCGUUUCUGCCUGCACACUGAAUGAGUCAACGGCAUAGCCUUGACUCCGACCGUAAUUGACGUUUAUAUAGGGGUAGCUGCCUGACAUAAUCCCAACAGAUAAUAUCUGUUAUCGAGACAACGCAUCAAGAUGGAUGCCAAACACACAGCCGAACAGGCACAUGCCGAUCUUACUGUCAGCAUGGCAUCUGUUUCAUUAAAUGCCAACUUACUGUCUCCAUCACUUCCGUGGGCAGUCGUAUCAACCGACGCUUAUGAUUCAGUAUCUCUUGCAUUGAAUGGAUUAUGUCACUCGAAUGACGUCCUCUUGCAAAAUGGAUAUAGAGUACAAGAACCCACCCAAGAGGAUAUAGAUGGCCAUGCGAAAUGUGCGAACUGCGGCGGUACACUUCUUCAUUUUCCCCUGUAGCAUCCACAUCUAAUGCGAGAAUAGAACGAAGACGCGCCCUGGACAGGAAAACAGUACCAGGGUGUUACCACCACAAAGA